ACAAUACACACAAAAAUUAAAUAAAGACCCCCCACUUUUUUCAAGUAGUUCUAGAGAGAGAAACCAAAACAAAACAAAACAAAUCUAGAGAGAGAAACCGAGUUGAAGCGAUCAACACACAGUGAGAGAAGACUUUGAGAGCCUAUACACACAAACACAAACAUAUACAUACAACGCGGCAGUUGAGAAGUUCGUUACAAUGGCGGAGGCGAGGCGUCACGGCGAGGAGAGCGUGAAGCUGUUCGUAGGCCAGGUGCCGAAGCAGAUGAAAGAGGAGGAACUGAUCGAGUUGUUCGAGCAGUUCGCGGUGGUGGAGGAAGUCAACAUCAUUAAGGACAAGAUUACGCGAGCUUCGCGAGGUUGUUGUUUUCUGAUAUGUCCAUCUAGGGAAGAAGCUGACAAGGCAGUGAAUGGUUGUCACAAUAAGAAAACCCUUCCCGGCGCAGCCAGCCCACUGCAAGUUAAGUAUGCAGAUGGUGAAUUGGAAAGAUUAGAGCACAAACUUUUUAUUGGUAUGCUUCCAAAAAAUGUGACUGAGGUUGAAGUUUCUGACUUAUUUUCCCAAUAUGGAGAUAUAAAAGACUUGCAAAUUUUGCGAGGUUCUCAGCAGACGAGCAAAGGCUGUGCCUUUUUAAAAUAUGAGACAAAAGAACAAGCUGUUGCUGCCAUAGAGGCCCUUAAUGGGAAUCACAGAAUGGAGGGCUCAACCGUUCCUUUAGUUGUCAAGUGGGCAGAUACUGAGAAGGAAAGACUAGCUCGUAGAGCUCAGAAAGCUCAAUCACAGCCUCUCAAUAUGGUGAAUGCUGAUACUCCACAGCAAUCAUUGUUUGGAGCUUUGCCUAUGGGAUAUAUGCCCCCAUACAAUGGAUAUGGAUACCAGGGUCCUGGAAGUUAUGGAAUCAUGCCGUACCGCAUGCCACCAUUGCAGAAUCAACACGCAUACCAGAAUAUGCUGUCAUCAGUAAGCCAAGGAAAUGCCCUCCGAGGAGCCUCACCUGAAUUCUCCCCUGUAAUGACUCCAAGAAACUAUUCCAUGCCACGAGCAGGUUAUCUUGGCUCUGCUUAUCCAGCUGUGACUGGAAUGCAGUAUCCUUUGGCAUACGCUGGGGGCAUAAUGAGUAAUCGGCCCUUGAGUGGUCCUCCGAGUCCUAUACCACCUUCUGCCAACAAUCACUCCGCUGUAUCUUCAAGUGUCAGUUCCAAUUCAGGGGGUCAGCUAGAAGGUCCACCUGGUGCUAAUUUAUUUAUUUAUCAUAUUCCUCAAGAAUAUGGUGAUCAGGAGCUUGCAAAUUCAUUUCAAGCAUUUGGAAGAGUCAUAAGUGCCAAAGUAUAUGUUGACAAAGCAACUGGAGUGAGCAAAUGUUUCGGAUUUGUAAGUUACGACUCGCCAGCAGCUGCUCAAGCUGCCAUUAAUACGAUGAAUGGUUGCCAAUUAGGUGGUAAGAAAUUGAAGGUUCAACUUAAAAAAGACAACAAACAAAAUAAAUCGUUCUGACUCGGAGGUAAGCUCAAGAAGAAAGCAGCUAUCUCUGUCAUAUAUGCUUACAUGCAACCUAUAUAUGUCGAGGUAGUGCAGCCAUCAGCUAUUGUGGGUAGGAUUUGUAACAAUGCAUUACACCGCCAGUCCGUCCUACUUGUAGUGUUUACAUGCUAAUCAAGCCCAUGAUCCUGUAGUCCUUGGUCACAUCUGCGCAAUUGUAAUUUCAAAUUGUUGUAACUUGUAAUUUUAUUAGACGUUGAUUAUUGAUUUAUUGAUUUUUCUCCAAA